AUGGCUGGUGAUGAUGAUUCGGUGCUUCCUCCCUCCACCGCAAUUGUUCAUGCUUAUCACCCGGCUCUUAAUGCCACAAAUGUCAAGGCCCUAAUCACUCUUGUUAUUGACGUCGACAACGUGCAAUAUACCCCUUGGGCGACAUUGUUUCGUAAUACGGCGAAGGUGUACAUGGUAUUGGAUCACAUAGACCCUAAGAUUAAGAGACCUAAGGAUGUUGAUGGCGAUUUGUGGGAACGACUUGAUGCGGUUCUUCAGUGGCUGUAUGGCACGAUUUCCAAGGACCUAUUGCUCAAGGUUUUGGAUGAGAAUGCUACUGCUUUGGAGAUAUGGAAUCGGUUGCGUAAGAUUUUCCAAGACAACCGAGGUACACGAGUCGUUUUACUGGAAAAUCAAUUUGGUAAUAUUCGAAUGAGCAAUUACCCUUCUCUUGAUGAGUAUUGUCAGGCUCUCAAGAGUGUUGCAGACCAACUAGCCGCCCUCGAACACCCUGUUUCGGAGGAGCGACUCGUUCUCCAGCUGGUCGGCAAGGUGGACCCCGAGUUUCGUACUAUUGCCACCAUCAUUCGGCAAACCACUCCCCUGCCCUCGUUUGAUGAAGCAUGUUCCACCUUGGACCUUGACCGCCUUGGUCGUCUCAAUGAAAAGGACGAUGACUCCUCGUCCACGGCUCUUCUGGUCGGCGCUCCGUCUCACAGCAACGCCCCAACCGGGUCUCAACAACCGGCGACUGGUAACGGUGGUGGUGGGGGACGUGGUGGCGGCGGCAAGUCAGGGGGUGGGAGAAACAAUUACAAGAACAAGAAGAAGGGUGGAGGUGGUAACUCGGGGGGUUCGAACUCAGGUGGGAACCGUGGACAACAACAACAGCAGGGGCUGCAGCAGCCCAUGUUCCCAAAUCAGUGGGCCAAUUGGUGGGCCCAGUAG